AUGAUGAGUCAAAGCUGGACGGUCCUUCUAGUGCUCUCUUCCCUCCUCCUUCUCCUACGUCCUGCCUGGGCUACACAGUACGCUUCAUGGCUCUUCUACGACAACGAGUGCUACGGAACACCAUACUCACCAGCAUUCGCCAUGGAUUUCUUGGGAAGAACAUAUGAGACUACAUUUCCCGGUGGACACUUCAUCGACGUGAAUGAUGGCUGUGGACCCAGAAACUGUUUCGCAGUCACCUAUAGCGACAACUGCAACGCUUGUCUUGUUUAUUAUGGCAGCGGUUGCUACAACAUUAAUUUAGGGUAUAACCCGAGCAUUUUUGAGGCAUGGUGUGAACCAUGCGAGGACAUCCCUGCUGCCAAGUGUGCGCAUGAUUGCUUCUAA